CAGUGGGCCGCCUAACAUCAGCUGGCGAGAUCUCGUGUCACGAAUUCACCCCUUCAAAUCGUCAGCUGUUCGCAGUCAGUUUUUCGACGGUCGUGUGAAAAAAUUAAUGCAAAAAAUCCCCAACAGAUAAACAAUAAAUAGGCGUGCGGAAAAAGGAGGAAACCGGGAUUAGUUGAAACUCGCGUCGUUUUGGUUCUUUUAGUUUCCUUAAACCACUUUGCUUUGCGCUCUGUCAGGCAUUUCAGUUCCGUUUCAAAUUCGUGGCCCAAGUAAUUUAUCGGCGGAUAAUAUGGAUAUUCUGAGGAAAAUGUUCAAGACCGAGGCGGAAAAGGAGCCGGACUCUUCGGUUUCCGCUUCCAACAAGGACGAGUUCCGGAAGCCCCAGUGGUUCGAGGAGGCCGAAACGGAUGACGAACUCUUCGACGAUGAUCGCAAGUUCGCGUUCCAGGUCUUCACUAGUCCUUUGGAGAUGCAGAAGCACUUCGAGAGCCAGCUGCAGCGACUCCUGGAGUCCUUAAAUGAUAACGAUGAUGGCUUUGAGCGGGACUUGAAGGAGGACUUCCUAAAACCGGGCUUCGAAAGCAAGAUUCUGAAGAAGUUUGAGCAGCAGAAGGACUUAUCCCUUGAUACCGAUCUGGAUGGCGAGAUCUAUGCCGAUCAGUUGCACUCGCUCAUCCAGCGCUUGAAUCCCGAGGAGAAGUACGAGCCGGGCGACCAGGAACUGGGCAACAUUUUGCCAUCGAAUCAGCAUGGCUACCGGAAGAGCUUCCAGCGAGCCAAGCUCACGGAUGAGGAGAUGAUCAUGGGUCGGAUCCAUGGCACCAUUUCCGCUGAUGGCGACGGCCAGUCGUCGGCUCGUCCGCCGCGUCCGCCGAUGAACAACAAGCCGGACAUCAUGACACCCAUGACUCCGAUGUUGCCGCGCAGUGGAAUGUCUCCAUUUGGCGGGGUUUUCGACGGCAACUAUCAGGGUCCCAAGCUCUUCAGCCAGAGCGUGAUGACCAAGACGGUGCGCAAGCCGGAUGGCAGCUAUGAGACCACCAAGGUGACUCAGGACUCGUCUGGUCACAAGACCACCACGGUAACCAGGAUGAUAGAUGGUCGCAAGGAGACCAUUGUUAGCCAUGAUGGCGGGGAGGCUUCGCCCAUCGGAAAACAGCAGAAGGAGGUGGCAGUGGCCCGUGGCGAACGCAACAUAUUCGUGACAAAAGAAGGCUACGCCAUGCCACGGAACCUCUGGUGACCAGUGGUGAACAACUAUUGCCCCAAUCAAGACAGGCGAUCUCUGCUGGAGCAACUGAAACAACAGCAACAACAGCAACAGUAUGCAGAUAGGCUAAAGCGAUUCGUCGGCAACAUAGUCCCGCAUCCACACAGCAUCCAAAUUAGAACCUACUACAUUUUAGUUUACAUUCUCCUUAGUGUUUGGUGUUUUAGAUGAAACGCACUUGAGACAACAACAGCAGAUGACGACGAUUAUUGACCAUGAUUUAAUUGACCAGCGGAUUGAUCCAGCUGGCCAUGUAUAUUAUGUGUGAGAAAAGGCGUACUACACGCCGCACUUUCAGUUCCCAGAUCCAGGGAUCCAUCACCUCUCUGCCAGGCCACAAAAAAGCUCGAAAUGGAGUUUUGGUUCUCGGCGAGGGAGAGAUUGAUUGAGCGCUGCGAACGUGUGAUUUUCAGUUUUGCGAGCAGCAGGAAAAGGCCAGCCGGUUUUUGGGUUGAAGACUACUACUUCAUCCAAUCCCCCAGAGAGCUGGCAAAUCGCCGAAAAACUUCGGCAGUUAUUAUGUAUUAUUGUAUUUGAUUCUUCGUGUUACUAUCUGUGUGUCUCAAUGUGCUGCGAUCGUCAGCAUCUAAAGUGCCCGUAGUGAUUUAACAGCGCGAAAAAGAUUAAAAAAGUAAAUGAAACCACUAUACAAUACAUUACAAUACAACAAAUCAAGUUUAUACACUAUCUAUCUAUCUAUUGCGUUAAUAUUUUGUUAGUUAUACACACUCUACAUUUUUUAUAUGUACACUUAAACACCCUUCGUGGUGAAUUGAUCUAAUUUCUGCCCAAGCAGUCGAGUUCAACUCACAGUAUUUUGAAUUACAAUUCGGUUUUUUGUUUAUAUUAGUUGUUAGUUUUACUAAUCUGUAAUGCCUAAGUUGAUUUUCGAUCAGAUCUAAUGUUUAAAGAGGACACAAUGCAUACACGCAUUAGUUAUCAUUCAAGAAACAUGCAAAUAAAGUGUUGUGCAAUAAAAA